AUGCUUUAUGGAUAUGUUCCACGCGUGGAUCUUUUCCAGAAGCUGUCCGAACAAUCUAAACUUGAGCAGCACAAAGACUGCAUCUAUGACCGCGUGGUUCUCUGGGAGAGCUCUGAGAGCGGAGCCCCUCUUGCUACCCUCUGUGGUGUGGUCACUGGAAGGCAAAUUGUUACAAGGAAGAGUAAUCAAAUGGUCAUUCGAUUAAUUUCUGAUAACUCAGUCCAGAAAUCUGGUUUCGAGUUAACGUUCGUCCGUGAGCUGGAUGAAUGCGCUUCAGGAACGAAACUAUGCGAACAGCGUUGUGUCAACACUGUCGGCAGCUAUAGAUGCGACUGUCACGUUGGUUACAGUCUUCGUCCAGAUGGAAAAACAUGCGAG